AUAUUUCCUAUUUAGAUUAAUUAAGUUGAUGGAGGAUUGUUGGCUUUGGCACCAUACAAAUGGAACGGAAUGUUCAUUUCCAAAUUGGGAUGUGUAGUGUUAACACAUUUGUAUUUAGAUGGUUUGAGGUUCGAUUGGAUUUGGAAGCUUACUGCACCAACCAAAUGGAUUCAGUUCGUGUGGCUAGCUGGGGGAGAUAAACUGCUUACUAAUCACCUUAGUUGUGGAGCUUGUGUAGUAUGUGGAACUUAAGAGGAAAGCAUGUUGCAUAUAUGUUAAGUGUGGUGAGGCUAGCAAGGUGUGGAAAUUUAUAGAGGCAAUGCAAUUUCGGAUUGAUUUUUUUUAUUGUGUUAAUUUGAAAAUUUUAGAUGUGGUGUCUAAUAUCAUGAUAGGUGCGCAGGAAGCUUUGGGCAGCUGCCAAGGGCUAAUGUUUGGUUCGAUGGAGUCCUCUAAAUGUCGAUAUGGUGAAGAUGAAUACAGGUGGGGCCUCUCGUGGAGGUUUAAUUCAUUCACAUACCGAUGCUUGGUUAGUGGGAUGAGUGAUUGUAUUGCAUGUGAUGAGAUUUGAUUUUAUUGUCGCUUGGGAAGAAAGUGAUUUUGGAGUUAUUUUACUCUUUACGGCUUACACUGUAGUUAGUGCUGGUGGUGGAAGAAAAGAAAAAGUAAACAACCUCGAUUCCAUCGAAAGAAGAUACGAGUCCAUAAUAUUCAAAAAUUAAGUUAGUCUUUGUUUCAAAAGUCACCCAAAAAGCAGUUUUUUCCGCCGUCUUUUCUUUACUCUCUCAAACGCAGCUCUACUCAUCAGAGCUACUUACCUCUCCUCUUCUGCCGCAGCUGAAAUGUUUCUACCUUCGCCCGAUCAUCUGGAUUUUCAAGGUAAGGGCUUCAGAUUCGGCUCUGCUUUACUUGUGGUUCUUGUUCUGGGUUUUGCAUAUAGUGGGUUUUCGGAUGAGUUCCCAAUGGUAUCCGUACCUCUUGGGUUUGAGAUUUUUGGGUCUGAUAGAAGCAGGACUUGGGUCUCCCAAAAUGGGUUUUUUGCAUUUGGGUUCUUGGAGGAUUACCAAAGAGCUGAUAAUAUUGAUGGCUUUGUUGUUGGAAUUAGGUAUAACUUAGGAGUUAAAGCUGCAAAUUUGCCUGUCUGGACUGUUGGUGGGGGUGUUAGGGUAUCUGAAAACUCCACAGUAAGGCUUUCCUUGGAUGGGAGGCUGAUUUUGUAUGAUAAUCCUAGUGGUUUAAUUGUUUGGAGUAGUAAUACUUCUAGUUUGGGUGUUAAGAAAGCUACCCUUUUGAAUAACGGGAACCUUGUUCUCAUGGAUUUGGAUGAUAAUGUGGUUUGGGAGAGUUUUGAUAGCCCAACUACUACUCUUCUUCCAGGCCAGUCUUUACAUUUCCCUCAAACCUUGAGGGCCCCUUCCACAAAAUCUGUAUCUAGUUACUAUAAUUUUGUUAUUCGGUACUCAGGAGAGCUUGCCCUUGUAUGGGAAGCCAAUGUCACGUAUUGGCGGGUUCAUUUGAGCUCCAAUGAUGUUAUUAAGGAAGCUGAAUUUGAUUCUAAUGGUGCUUUUGGGCUAAUUGAUGAUAAAAGUAGAAGGGUUUGGUCAAUAACAAGUAAGGACUUUGAAGACCGCUCUGCGGUUUUGAGGCAUCUUAGGAUUGAUUCUGACGGUAACCUGAGAAUAUACUCAUGGCUUAAUUCGCUUCGUGUUUGGAGAGUAGAAUGGCAGGCAGUUGAGAACCAGUGCAACGUUUUCGGUUCUUGUGGUUUGUACAGCAUUUGUGGCUUCAAUUCAACCGGACCUAUUUGUGAUUGUCUGUAUCAGGAUUCGGUUACUUGGGGAUCCGACCUUCCCUUGGUAGAUUCAAGUGGUUCUGGAUGCAGGAAAAUGGCUGAUUUGGAUAACUGUAAGAUGAAGACUAGCAUGUUAACCCUGAGAAGGACAGUUUUGUAUGGCCUUUAUCCCCCUCAAGAUGUUGAUAUGAUGCUAAGUGAGGCAGCUUGUAAAGAGUAUUGCUCCAAUGAUACCAGUUGUGUGGCAGUCACUUCAAAAAAUGAUGGUUCGGGAGUUUGUACGGUUAAAAGAACAAGCUUUGUAAGUGGCUAUAGGAGCCCAUCUAUUCCUGCAACUUCCUUCUUGAAGGUGUGUUUGGUUCCUCAGGCAGUUUUAGCGAGAGGAGCUAAUCCCCAAAACAAUGCCAAAUCAUUUCCUUUGACAUCUGAAGGAUUCGUUGGUCAUGGAGGUGACAAGAAAAUGUUUAUAAGGGCUAUCAUUUUAAUAGUUUCAGUAACAACCAUGGGCUUUAUAACAAUUGAGAUGUUUGUAUUUUGGUAUAUUUAUCGGAGACGACAAAUUAAAGAGCAAGCAAGAAUCCCAUUUGGAAAGGACAUUCAGAUGAAUUGUCAUCACAGUUUUCUCAUCAGAGUAUCUUUUGAAGAGAUAAAAGAGCUGACUAGUAACUUUGCAAACCAACUUGGCCCCUCUGUUUACAAAGGUGUGUCUCCCAAUGAAAUCCCUGUUGCUGUGAAGGUAUUGAACAAUGUUGUUGCAACUGAGAAAGACUUCCGAGUUUUGGUUUCUACCUUGGGUGGAAUGUAUCAUCAGCACCUGGUGUCUCUGAAGGGCUUCUGUUUUGAAGGAGAACAGAAGUGUCUGCUAUAUGAAUAUGUCUCAAAUGGCUCUUUGGAUAAGUUUCUGUUUAACAUGGAGCAAAGAAAGUCUGAACUGAAUUGGCAACAGAGGCUUGAUAUUGCCCUUGGGGUUGCCCGAGCCCUUGCAUAUUUGCACACACAGUGUCAAACUUGUGUUGCUCAUGGGAACUUGAGGCUUGAAAGUGUCUUGCUUGAUGAAAAGUUUGUUCCAAAGGUUACAGAUUUUGGGCUUAGGACACUAGUCGGAAAGGAAGCAGCCUCUUCUUCAGAGUCUCCAGCAGAAAGAGAUAUUUUCAUGUUCGGAGAGCUGCUGCUGCAAAUUGUUACAUGUGAAAGAGACAUUCUUGGCAGUAAUAUGCAUUCACUUGUUUCCAUGAUUAAUGAAGAACAUAAAUUGGAGGAUAGCGUUGAAUCUGAAAAAUUAGAAAUAGCAAUAAAAAUAGCUCUUUGGUGUUUGCAAAACCAGCCAUUUUUACGGCCUUCCAUUGGUGAAGUGGUUAGGGUAUUGGAAGGUUCACUUUCAGUGGAUAGGCCCCCAUUAAAUUUUGCUUUUAAGCAGGGCCUGAUAAAUGAUUGACUGAUAUUGAAGUAGAUUCAUGGAAGAAAGCUGACUUGGAUUAGGAAGAAUGUAGUGUAGUCAAAGCUUAUUUUCAGCAGUGGGAAUUUCUGGGAGUUCAGUACAUAUUUGGUUUGUGUCGAUGAACCCCUCAAGUGUAUUACUAAUGUGAAAUGCUUCGACGCUCCCAAGUUCUAUAUUUUCACAUUAUAUGUAGAAUAUUGAGAUUAUCUGUUUCUGAUAUUUGGGACUUCGGAGGUUUUGGUUCCCAAGCAACUGCUAAAAUUGCAAGGAUGUUGUAUAUUAUUGACAUGUUUGCGAUAUAAACGAUACUGGUCUCUUCAUUGUUGUUCAUUCUCUCGCAUGGGAGGCAUUGCCUUUAUUAAGUCGUCCAAUAUGAAUACCAAAUGAUUUGAUAUUUGCUGAGAAUGGUUGUGAAUGCUAAG